UUUCUCGUCUUUUUGCCUCAUCCUGGGACCCUUGUGGACGAUACCACAAAUGGUGAUCCCCGAGUGAAAAAAGGGACAUCACCACAAAAGGUGAACACCGAGGACAGAACUGACAGAUGGUGCCUCGAGUGAAGAAAUCACCACAAUUGGACCCUGAGUGAAAAAGAAUUCUUCAUUUGGUAAGCCCAGAGGAGCAUUGCUACAUUUGGGUAAACCCCGAGUGUUUGGCAUCGAUGGUCACCUACACAAGUGACCACAGAAGUGGCUUCUAGCCAGGAGCUGAAGAACUGAAGAUCCUGAAAUUGGACAGAGUUCACAGCCAAGUCUGGCCACAGAGAGAACCUUUUGAAAAGUCUCCGAGACAAGAUAUCUGGAAGUCUUCGCGGCACAGAGCAGCCUGCUGAAGCCCAGAGGACACUGUCACAAGGGACUUGGAUUUCCUCGGAUUUAUCCGUCAUUCAGAACUCUCUUCCCGGUUUUGAAACGGAAAGCAUCUGCAUAUCAGUGGAUUGCGAAUUGCGGAGGUAUGUCUCCCUUCUCGCUGGAGCUGGCAAUAGAGGAACCUGUGCAAAACCACGGCCUGCAGGUUCCCAGCCCCGCCAAAUGGGGGUGGGGGGGCAAAGCUUUGCCCGCAGCAGAAGAAAAAUUUUUUCUGCGCCUUUGGAGCAUGCUCCGACAGAACCGCUUCCCCCCCCUCGUUGCUCUCAGGGGGGAGGUGAGUUGGCUCCGCUGCCCGAGCCGGAGCCGUGGGCCCCACCCCAGCCCGCCCCGCAGAACGUGCCAGUCCCCACGGCCCCUCCAGCGGCCCCGCCUCAGCCCGGACUGGACCCAUCGCUUCUAGCAGAGUUUGUGGGCGUUCCCGUGGCAGAAGCACCGCCUCCCGCGGCUUCGCCCGAGUUGCUAGGCGACACACUCGACAGCAGCGAUGAUCGACGGCAGCCCGUCCCGGAGUCGGGACCUGCAGCCCCUGUCCCUUCUCCUUCUGCAUCGCAGCCGGCAAUUGCGUUCACGGCGGUGCCCGCGGAGGUCGAUCCCACGCCGCCCGCGCCAGUCCCUCCCACGUCUGACCCUCCAGCAGAGCCCAUGAGGGCUCCAACUGCGGCGGCCUCGCCUUCGCCUGCCACGCCGGGGGAGGAGGCUGAGGUUGAGAACCACCAAGCGGAACCAUCAUCGGAGCCGCCCCUGGCGCCGCGGCUCCCCGCGGCGGCCACCGCGGCACCUGCGAUCAGCCUGGAUUCCCCCCCGAGCUUUUCGGGCUGUCCCGAGGCUGCCCCUGCGGGGGGAGCUGGGACAGGGGAAGGGGAUUCCGGCCUGCCCCUCCGUGGGGGGGUUGUGGCUCGACAGCUGAUUGCGAGUUCAGCCCGUCUGCCUGCUUUCAAAUUCAGCGUUUUUCGCGGGCCGACUUGGGUUUGCUUCAGAGGUUCCCGCUGGGGGUUGGAAUGCCUGACUUCCCCUGCGCGCCCCAGCGGCGUUCGGGAGGUGGCUCCUGAGCCUUCUGCCUCUGGUCCCUAGCCCGCAGGGGGUGGUACCGAGGGGCAGAAAGGAGGAACACCUUUUGCAUUUGCGUUGCAGAGGCAGAAGAAACAGUGGAAAGUGAGCAUCGCUCACCUGCUUUGGGGACAAAGCACCCCCAGAUCUAGGGUGAUGAUCCCUGGGAAAGCUUUUCUUCCCCAGCUGCUGGUCUGCACCGGUUCAGAGGGGAUGAAGCGUUCGGUCACUCGUGCUGCCCAGGCAUUGGCAGCAGGGUGCCAUGUUGAGAGAACACAGAGCCCGCUCCUUGGGCCAGGUCUGAGCCGUUUGGCUCGGUUUCCUGGGCCAGGGCCUCCGCCCGGCCAGCGCCUAUUGGGUUUGGGGGCUUUGCUUCCCCUGUCAGGACCUGGGCCACCGUUCUGUAGGCCAGGUCUGGGAUCCCUGAUCCUUCCACGUGGACCUGGGCCACCAUUCUGUAGGCCAGGUCUGGGAUCCCUGUUCCUUCCACGAGGGCCAGGGCCCCCCGCAGGGCCUCAGUGGCCCCUCUCUGCUGCUGCUCUUUCGGAUAAAAAAAAAAAAAAAAAAAAAAAAAAAAAAAAAAAAAAUUUAAUAAAAGGAGUUGAAAGGGCUAGCAGCUCAAAAAUUUUUGCAAGCCUGUUUCAGGACAAAAAGGAAUUUUCGGCGAUGUCGAAAAGGAACAUCCUCAGUUUGGACUUUUUCCUGAAACUCAGCUGUUUGGACUUGAAGCAACGAACUUUGUUUGCAUUGUUUUUGCAUUUUCUUAUAUCUUAAGAUUGUUUUGUGAUGUGAUGGAAUUUGGUGUUCUGCAGGUGAAGAAUUUCCCUGAUGGUUCCACACCAGCAUUUGAUUGAUGUUUUGAUUUGCAACACCAAGCCUCUCAGGUGUUUUGUCUUUCCUCUGCUUGGCCCAGCAGAUGAAAUUGCAAACACUUUUCUUUUUAAUUUAUUUAAAAUAAAAAGGGUGAGAUGUCACCGACAUGUUUUAUGAAAAAUCCUUUCCUUAGGAUUUUUCCCCUCCUGAGAAGCUGAGAGGCCUCAGGAACAAACGGUAAACAAUUCUUAUCUGCUGCUGUGGAAUGCAACAGGGGGAAUCUGUGAUUGGCCUCAUCAGGCUGUUUCCAAUGAAGGGCCAAUCACAGAUGACCUGUCCGGAUGGUCUCAGUCAGAGACAAGCCUUUGUUUUUCAUUCCUUUUCUAAUCUUAGCUUAGCCUUCUAGUGAAAUCCUUUCCUCUAUUCUUUUAGUAUAGUUUUAAUAUAUUAUCUAUCAUAAAAUAAUAAAUCAAGCUUCUGAUACAUGGAGUCAACUUUCUCAUCUCUUCCCUCAUCCUGGGACCCUUGUGAACGAUACCACACCCGGACAAGUACCCUACAGGCUUUCUGAUCCCCACCCAGUCUUGCGUCAGCACCCCAUGUGCUGUGUGGUUGCUAGUGUCCACAAACAACUGAAAAGGUUUCCUGACAUCAGGGAGGCUCAACACUGGUGGUGCCAUGAGCGCCUCCUUGACCCCCUUAAACUCUUCUUCAUCCUUUUGUGUCCAUUUGAUCCUGUCUGUGGUGAGCUUCUCAUAGAGAAACUUCACCUUGUCACUAUAACUUUCGAUCCACUGCCGACAAUACCCCAACAAUCCCAAAAGCUGCCGGACCUCUUUUUUCGUCUGCGGGGGUGGUAAGGCAAUAAUCCCUGCCACCCUCUCUGGAUCCAAUUUCUUUUUUCCCUUUGUUAACCAGUGUCCCAGAUAUCUGACCUCUGGUUCUGUGAACUGCAAUUUUGAUUUUGAAACUUUCAAUCUCUUUUGUCCCAAAAAAUUCAAAAGCUCAAUUGUGUUUGUCCUUACCUCCUCUUCCCCUUUCCCUGCAACCAGCAAGUCAUCUACAUACUGUAGAAGCUUUGUUCCUUCCGUGGGUACAAACUCACUCAAAACCUGCUCAAGUGCCUGCCCAAAUAAGUUUGGAGAAUCCACGAAGCCCUGAGGCAAGGAAGUCGACCUGAGCUGCUGCUUCCUAUUGGUCUCUGGAUCUUCCCAUUGAAAUGGGAAAUAAUCGCGACUGCCCUCAUCCAGAGGACACGUCCAGAAAGCAUCAACUAAAUCAAUCAUGCUGUACCACAUAUCUUCAGGGGAGAGAUUGUUUAACAAAGCGUAAGGAUUCGACACAGUGGGAAACAGUCUUAGUUCUCUGAUUCACAGCCCGUAAAUCUUGCACCAGCCUAAAGCUGCCGUCCGAUUUUCUUACUGCCAAAAUCGGGGUAUUGUGUUGUGACAUGCACGGUUCCAGUGUGCCUUUCUUUAUUAAUUCGUCAAUCACUGGUUUCGAGCCCCUCCUUCCUUCCAUGGAGAGGGGAUACUGUUUGACCCGUAUAGGUUCUUCGGGUCUUUCAAUUUCCACCAAAAUCGGUUCUAUGUCCAACCUCCCAGCUUCUCCCGGGACAUACCACACCCUCGGGUCUAUUUUCUCCUCAUCAGGGGCAGUGAGGCUGUAAAGUCUCACUUUGAGCUGUGCUUUUUCCACCGCCAGCCCAACCCCCAAAGUGACCCUCAUGUCCCACCCCAACAAGUUAAUUCUGCGCCUUUGGCUAGUAAAAUGUUACCAAUGUGUCUUCUGUUUCCCAUGUUUAUUUCAAUGUUUUUUGUGAUUGGGACCUCAAAAGGGUCCCCUUUUGCUCCUGUCACCACCAUGGAAUCAUCGCUCAAAGAGCAUCCCUUCGGUUUUUGCAACACCGUCGUCUACUCUGCUCCUGAAUCCACCAUAAAUUGUAAUUCUUCUUUGUAUGGUCCCACUUUUAAUUUUAUCAAGGGCUCCCUAGAUGUUCUGGGACCCAAAUGGAAAAGCCCCUGACACCUCUAAUCUUCCUGAAACAUUGCCUGAUCCUUGGCUCUGUUGGGGCAAUUUCUUUUAACGUGCCCCUUUUGUUUGCAGUAAUAACAUUCAAACUCCCGCUUUUGCUCCCCUGAACCUUUGUCCUGAGCCUGAGAUGGACCUGUUUUCAUUGUUGGCGCCUUUUUUGCUGUAUCCUUUCCCCGUUCCUCUUUCUGAGCUUCUUUCCCCGUUCCUUCUUUCUGAGUCCUGCUGCCGCUAGGACUUUUGCUUGUAUUUUCUGUUUCUCCUCAUCUCGGCGCGUGUAGACUUUCUGAGCUUCCCACAACAGUUCCUGCAGUCCUUGUUCCUGCCAGCCAUCUAUUUUCUCCAACUUCUUUCGAAUAUCCUCCCAAGAUUUUGCUACAAACUGUGUCUUCAACAAUACCAUCCCCACCGGGGAAUCAGGGUCCGUCCCUGAAUACAUCCUCAAACCCUUCCGGAGUCUUUCCAACCACUCCGUAGGUGUUUCAUCCUUCCCUUGGCAUUCCCUGAGCACUUUGCUCAUGUUCUGCCCUUUCGGUACCGCCUCCCUGAUACCUUGAAUCACCAUAUUUCUCAGAUUUAUCAUCCUCUGCCUCCCCUUUUCCAUCUGGGUUUCCCAAGACAGCUUUUGGUUCGGCCACCGCUCCUCCCCGGACCCCCCGUUUGGGUUCCGCUUUUCCCAAUCCCUGAUCGCAGCUGACCGGAUCAUGUCUCUCUCCUCAUUAUUAAAUAAUGACCUGAGGAUCGCUUGGAGAUCCUCAUAAGUAUAAAUGCUUGUUCCCAAAAAUUCAUCCAACUUCUCUGCUACUCCGAGUGGGUCAUCCAUCAGCUUUCCCAUCUCCUUUUUGAACGCCCUUACAUCACUUGUGUCAAUCGGGGUGUGGACAUAUCCAAUCACCCCUGGAGUCGUUGGUACCUCCCAUAAGGGAUAGAUACCAAGUUUUUCCUCCUCAUCCCCACUUUCCCCCACGGUCGACCUCCUCAUUCUUCUC